AUGGCGCGCACGAUUCUGAUCCUCACUGCCCUGUUGCAACUACUCACCAGUGCAGCUGCAGCGACACUCCGAGUCCAAAUCCCAGCUUCGAAUCUCCUUCCGAACCCGAACACUCUCCCAGCUUCCACCCAUGCCACUCUAACAUCCGGCACGGGAGAACCUCUGCGGGCGGUUCUUCGCAAAGGCAAUUACUUCGAGUUUCCUGACAUCAGCACGGUCGGAUCACAUCUACUUGAUAUAUACAGCCGAGACUAUGUCUUUGCACCCUACCGCAUUGAUGUUGCUCCAUCCUCCGAUUCCUCGUCCACCGUGAUUACAGGAGCUUGGGAAACAUUUCGAGGGACAAAAUGGGAUGAUCGUGGAGUUGCUCUUGUACCCGCACCCACAGAACGUUUGGACAUGUCGGCCAAAGUGCUGUCCAAGAAGAAUUUCUACGAAGAACGUCAGGGAUUCAAUCCUUUGAGCUUGCUCAAGAACCCCAUGAUUCUGAUGGGCGUAGUGGCUCUCGCCUUCACAUUUGGAAUGCCGAAGUUGAUGGAGAACAUGGAUCCAGAGAUGCGUGCCGAGUACGAAGAUAUACAACGCAAAGGUCCUAUGUCUGGACUCACAUCAGCAAUGCAAGGUGGAGGAUCUGGCGGUCCAGCGAGCAAUUUCGAUCUCGCCAGCUAUUUGGCGGGAAGUAGCCAGAGUACUGGCAAUGAUAGGGGGUCUGAAGGUAUUCGGGAGAGAAAGCGAUAA